AUGACGGACAUAGUGGUGGCGCAGAUGAUCGGAACACUCGGCUGCGGCUACGUAGCUGGAGGAAUGAUGGGUCACUCUCUGGUGACGAUCCCAAUCCUCGGAAUAGCAGCACGGCAUCCAUCGGCAACAGGCACGCGCCAGACCCCAGGGACCCCGAUCGCACACCUCUCUCACCAGUGGGAAGAAACCUACGACCGCGGACUAUACAUUUACCCCACGACUGCAAUUGCCUCCUCAUUGGCGAGUUGCUAUCUGGCAUGGGCUCUGCGUGAUGCUCCCGGCCCGACUGCCGUCAAUUGUAGUUGGAGCAGCAUCUAUAUCACGGCUGCGCUCACCACGGCGGGACUUGUUCCUUGGACUCUACUUGUAAUGUGGCCUACCAAUCAGAAGCUGAAGGCACAUGCUGCGCGGGAUGAUGCGGCGGUGGCGGAGGGGACGAAGGGCAUGGUGGUUAGUGAGCAGGAGAAGGCGAAGAGGGCGAGGGAGGAUGAGGAGGUUCCUGCUUUGGUACAGAAAUGGGGAGAGUUGAACUUUUAUCGGUCCCUGUUUUCUGUUGCUGGGGCGGUGAUUGGAUUUUUUGGGGUUGUUUGGAUGAAAUAA